AUGUCGUUCUUCAAAAUCACCCUCAUCCGCUCCGGUAUCGGUAUGACGGAGCGCCAAAACGGCGUCCUCAAAGCUCUCGGUCUGCGCAAGAGAAUGAAGACCGUUUACCACCCAGUAACCCCCCAGACCGCCGGUAUGAUCAUGAAGGUCAAGGAACUGCUCGCUGUGUCGGAGGUCGACACGCCAUUGACGCAGAAGGAGAUCCAUGAGAAGAGACGGCCACCAAAGGGUUUCAUUGUCGAGAAGCCUUUGAGGCCUGAGGCGACUGCAGAAUAG